UAUAAGAGCUGCUCAACCGUCCAGGAGAACUACAGUAGAGUUCGUUUUCAGAACUGAAGAACAUGAGGCUCUAUCUAGCUGUAUUUGUACUCUUUGCCACAGUUUACUGUGAGAGGCUCUUCGAAGGAGACCAAGUUCUCAGAAUCCAUGCAGAAUCUGAGGAACACCUUGAGGCUUUGAAGGAGUUGGAAGGAGACAUUUACUGGGGGCUGGAUUUCUGGACCCAUGCUGUCUCCACUAAACUGCCUGUUGACAUCCGCGUGCCUCAUGCCAGUUUGUAUGCUGUCAAGGACUUCUUCAAGGCAAACAAUGUCCCUUUCACUGUCAUGAUCAACAAUGUGCAGGAACUUUUGCAAAAGGAGAAAGCAGAGAUGGUGAGUAAUGUAGCAAUGGAACGCAAUAACAAGAGCUUCAACUUUGGUGCUUAUCACACCCUGGAUGAAAUUUACAGUUUUAUGGACACUCUUGUUGCAAGUCACCCUAACCUGGUAUCCAAAGUGCAGAUCGGUAACUCUUAUGAAAACCGUCCCAUGUAUGCCCUGAAGUUCAGCACUGGUGGAGUCAAUCGACCAGCAAUCUGGGUUGAUGCUGGAAUCCAUGCCAGGGAGUGGGUUAGUCAGGCUUCUGCGGUGUGGUUUGCCAACAAGAUUGCUACAGACUACGGUGUUGAUGCUUCUGUGACCUCUCUCCUGGGUCAAAUGGAUAUCUACUUGAUGAUUGUGACCAACCCUGAUGGAUAUGUUUUCAGUCACACCAGUGACCGUAUGUGGCGUAAGACUCGCUCUGUGAACUCUGGCUCUUCCUGCCGUGGUGUUGACCCCAACAGGAAUUGGGAUGCUGGCUUUGGUGGUCCUGGAGCCAGCAAGGACCCCUGCUCCGAGUCUUACCAUGGUCCUUAUGCCAACUCUGAGAUUGAAGUGAAAAAUGUUGUGGAGCUCAUCAAGAACCAUGGCAACUUCAAAUCCUUCAUCUCUAUCCAUGCAUACUCCCAACUCUUAAUGUAUCCCUAUGGUUACACUUGCACAAACAUUCCUGACCAGACUGAGCUUCAAGCUGUGGGCACAUCUGCAGUCAAAGCACUCAGCUCCCUGUAUAACACCAGAUACCAAGUUGGCAGCAUCUGCAAGAUUAUCUACCAAGCAAGUGGUGGAAGCAUUGACUGGUCUUACGACAUUGGCAUCAAAUAUUCUUUUGCUUUUGAGCUGCGAGAUACUGGCCUCUAUGGUUUCAUAUUGCCUGCCAAUCAGAUCAUUCCCACUGCAGAGGAGACCUGGCUCGCUCUCAAAAACAUUAUGGAAUAUGUUCGUGAUCAUCCUUAUUGAAGGAAAUGUGCAAAUGUUCUGUACUGAAGCUUCAAUAAAGGUCUAACACUGUA